AUGCCUUCCCUCAUGCCAUUCAUCAUACCGGUCACCACUUUCCAACUCGGCUUAAGUUCCCUUUUAACUUUGAUACCUCUCAGUAUCUUAGUUUCUUUGGCUGCAAAAUACAUAUCAACUCAUUUUUCACACAAAUAUACCUCACCAAAUGACAACAUCUUCACCUCAACGACACGGGCUUUACCCGCUUCAUGGUAUAGAAGUCAAGAAAUCUACGAACUUGAGAGGAGAGCUAUCUUUUCAAAGAAAUGGAUUCUCAUCACUCAUAAGCUCAGGUUUACAGAAAAUGGAAAUUGGGUUCGAUUUGAAGAAGCAGGUUUCCAAUUCUUCCUUAUUCGUAAUAAUAAGGGACAAAUCAAAGGAUUCCAUAAUAUCUGCCGACAUCGCGCGUUUCCAAUCGUCACCAAGGAGCAAGGACAAUCCAGCAUCCUGUCAUGCAAAUACCAUGCGUGGUCUUAUAGCCUAGAUGGCCGACUGACAAAGGCACCCGGAUAUAAUGACAUAGAAGGGUUUAACAAGGUGGAAAAUGGUCUAUUCCCAAUCCACGUUCAUUUGGAUGGCAAGGGCUUCAUCUGGAUCAACCUGAACGCUUCCAAGCCAGAGCCCUGGUCAGCUGCAUUCGACAAGAUUGACCAAAUGAAAAGGCAUGAGCCAUUCAAUUUCGAUGACUAUCACUUUGAUCAUACUUGGGGAAUGAGUGGUGAUUACAACUGGAAAACGCUGGCUGAUAAUUAUAACGAAUGCUAUCACUGCAAAACUGCGCAUCCUGAUGCAGCAGCUAUUUCCGAUCUUCAAGCUUACAAAGUUGAGCCUAAGGGUGGUAAUAUUCAACAUUUUGCUAAUACAACCGACGACCAAGCAUCGGAAGGAUUGGCCAUUGUUAGCAACUACUAUUUUCCCAACGCAUGCAUGACUGUCUCCCCACACUUCUUCUAUAUGAUGAGAUGUGUUCCCACCUCACCAUCACACUGCUCAAUGGAGUAUGAAGUCUAUCGACAUAAGGAUGCUAGUGAUGAAGAAUUCAAAAGAAUUGAUGAGAUGUUUAAGAGAAUUUUGAGCGAAGAUAAAUGGCUUUGCAAUAAUGCACAGAAAAACCUCAAUGCUGGCGUUUUUGUCAACGGCGAAAUGCAUCCAGGGAUGGAACAGGGUCCUUUAUACUUCCAAAGCCAGGUGCGCAAGUUCCUGAAUGAGCACCACAAGCUUGAGGAGGCUUCAAAGAAUUUGAUUUGGCCUGCUCAGCAAGUCAUCGGCAAAGAUGGUUCAAUCACGAAGCGAGACAUGAGCUUCUGCACAGGUCUACCAUGUAGUAAAGAGUCGGAGGCUUUGGCAUGGUAG